AUGGCGCUCCCCGCAGACCAGCGGAAGAAGAUUCUUAAGGUCUUGAUGAUAUCCUUACUUUUGGAUCUGAUAUCUUUUACAUUCAUUCUACCUCUCUUCCCCUCCCUACUCGCUUUCUACCGCAACCAAGAUCCCUCGCCGUCUUCACUCCUGAACCGAGUGUUCCACUACCUCAAUGCCUACAAGAACUCCUUCGCCAAGCCGAUUGAUUCACGAUAUGAUAUUGUCUUACUCGGAGGAGCCCUGGGUUCCCUCUUUUCCUUGCUCCAAGCCCUUGCAGCACCGAUAAUUGGCCGUCUGUCCGACAAACAUGGCCGCCGGCGAGCUCUUCUCUGCUCCAUGUUGGGCAACACUGUCAGCGUCGCCCUCUGGGUCGCUGCCACGGACUUCCGCACGUUCCUAGCCAGCCGGGUUGUUGGUGGUCUGAGUGAAGGCAAUGUCCAGUUGGCCAACGCCAUCGCCACCGACAUCAGCGAUCCCAGCCAACGCGGCUCGACAAUGGCCCUGGUCGGUGCCUGCUUCAGUAUUGCGUUCACCUUUGGACCUGCCCUCGGCGCUGCACUCUCGAACAUCACCAUUGUCGCCGCAAACCCCUUCGCUACCUCCGCCGGAGUCUCCCUUCUUCUGAUUGUCCUUGAGACCUUGUAUCUCUACGCGUAUCUCCCGGAAACCCAUCCUCGCCUCACCAAGCUUAGCCAUGCCUCUGCCUCCAACAAGUCCGACACAUCCGCAACGAAAGAGAGGCAGUCCACCCCACGCAAACAUACCAACAACCCCGCUAUCCUCAACAUCGUUCACUUCCUCUUCCUCCUUCCAUUUUCCGGAAUGGAGUUCUCCCUGCCCUUCCUCACCGCCACGUUCUACGCGGGAAGCACCGCGAGCCCCUCGGCCUUGAACGGCCGCCUCCUCUCCAUGAUGGGUCUGAUUGCGUCCCUCCUGCAGGGAACCGUAGUCCGCCGUCUGCCGCCACUCGUUACUGUCCGCGCUGGUGUCGUCGCCUGCGCUAUCUCCUUUUUCAUGCUUUCUCGCGUCUCCUCCCUAGCUGGCUUGUACGGUGCCGGCGCCCUGCUAGCUGUCACCAGCGCCACUGUCGUCACUGGUUUGAACAGUCUAGGUAGCCUCGAGGCGCAGGAAGGCGAGCGCGGCGCUGUACUCGGCCGUCUUCGGAGCUGGGGACAGGUCGGCCGUGCGGCGGGCCCGGUGCUCUUCUGCUCGCUGUUUUGGUGGGUUGGUCGCGAGAUCGCAUAUACGACGGGCGGAUUUGCCAUGUUGACCGUGGCUGUGCUGGUCUUUACCACUCUGAAGUCUCCGUCUACUGAGGCUACUUCGAAACAGAAGGCUUGA